AAGGAGAAAGAAACAUCAAGAGUAGUCACUGAAAAGUGAAAACUAAUACCAACCUUGCAUGCCAAGUCCCAACUUCAUUUUUCUCCAUUGUUAAUUCCCCUUCCAUAUACCCACAUCCCUCUCUAUCUUCACUUUCAUUCACGUCCAAAACUUGAACAUGAAUCCCUACACAUCAUCACCAUCGUCCUCCAAAUCCAAGAAGAAGCAAACGACAACGCAACAAGAUCAGCAGCAACACGAAACGGCAUGGGGAGGGAGGUACCUCGGCGUGAGGAGGAGGCCGUGGGGAAGGUACGCGGCAGAAAUCCGUGACCCUUCCACCAAGGAAAGACAUUGGUUGGGCACGUUUGACACGGCAGAAGAAGCCGCCCUGGCAUACGACAGGGCGGCUCGCUCCAUGCGUGGAUCACGUGCCCGAACCAACUUCGUCUACCCGGAUACCCCGCCGGGUUCCUCGGUCACCUCCAUUAUCUCACCGGACGAACAAACCCAAACCCAAAUCCAAAUCCAAAUCCAUCAAGCCCAAGAAGAGCUCUCCUCUCUAUUUGCCCCGAACCCGUUUCCACAACCCGACCCGACCCCACCAUUUUCCUUGGGCGGGUACCCGGGGAUCACGAACGCGAACACUCCUACAUUUUCUGCCACCGAAGUUGCGUCAUCCGGUGGCUAUAGCUAUAGUUAUGGUUAUAAUGAAGGAGUAACCAACGUGGAUGGUUCACAUUUUAAGCUCUUUGAUGACGGUGAAACGCAGCUUCCUCCUUUGCCACCGGAUAUCACAAGCUCCAUGGGCUAUGAAAUGGGUCACGGGUUUUACGGAGAUGGAGUCGGGUUUUCGGAUCCAAGUUUUAAUGUGGAUGCUUCCGGGCCGGGUUACCCGUAUUCGGGUUUUGAAUCGGGUGAUUACGUGGUGCAUAGUCCACUCUUUGGCGCAAUGCCACCAGUCUCGGAUAAUGUGGCAACGGGUCAUGAAGGUUUUGAUUUGGGUAGCUCUUCGUAUUUCUUCUGAAAUUAGAGUGAGAGUUAAAACUUCUUCGAAAAUAU